AUGGUCUCCACGCGCAAACAUCCUCAGGGCGACUUCACUGCAUUCGAGCCCUCCCCCACCAAAAAGCCUUCGCGCGCAUCGACAGCAUCGCCUACGCCUACGCCUACGAGCACUACAAGCGCCCCACGUGCUUUUGCAGCUGACGUCUCGCCCACCGCGAAGGCCGUCGCCAGGCGCGUAGUAUCCAAGACUUCAAAUGCUGUUGACGCGGUUGCACCGCCUUCGCCAGCAGAGGUCGGCGAGCGCGGAUGGUGCCACACGGCAUCGAACAUCACAAUUCUGUGGCUUGCUAUCUCCCUUCCAUUGGUGCUCUGGGACAGCUUGUACAUUCUGCUGCGCCCUCACACCAUGGCCGGUGGCUGGCUGCAGUGGCCUAUCUGGAAGCCGUACGAGGUCUACGCUGCCAUCGAUUAUGUAUACGGCUGGCCCGGAUGGGAGAGCAACGAUGGCUUCGGUGGUGCCCAGGGUGCGCUCAAUGCGAUCGAGACGAUCCUUUACGGCCUGUAUCUCAUGAUCCUCUACCACCACAGCGUUCCCUCGGCAACUGGAACCGGUCUCGAUGUCAGCAGUGAGGGAUUGGGCGCGUGGCUCUCUGGCGGUCGCAAGGUGCGCGGCAAGAGCGGUAACCGCGCGCUGGUCAUUGGCUUCGCGGCUGCCGUCAUGACGCUGAGCAAGACAGUUCUCUAUUAUUUCAACGAGUACUUCUCCAACUUCAAGAGCAUAGGCCACAACGACUGGCUCACUAUUUUCUGGUUCUACGGUGUUAUGAAUGGCCUCUGGGUCGUUCUCCCAGCGUACAUGACCGUCGUCUUCGGAUCCGACAUCAUCAAGGCACUCGAUAUUGCUGCAGAGUCAACCAGCGAGAAGGAGGAAUAG